AUGGACCGACGUUUGACCACUAUAUCGCCUGGUGGACCACGGAAGGUGGUGGUCAAAGGCGUGGAUGGAAGGUUCAGUUCAGGCCAGUUGGUGGCCAUCAUGGGACCUUCGGGUGCCGGCAAGAGCUCACUGCUCAACGCUCUAUCUGGAUACAGGUCCGCAGGCGUAACAGGUGAACUUCUGGUAAAUGGGCAGCCAAGAGACGAGCAGCAUUUCCAGAGGUCAUCGUGCUAUAUCACCCAGGAGGACCUGCUCCAGCCGCUGCUGACAGUUCGCGAAGCUAUGGACGUUGCAGCGAGGCUGAAGGCACCUAGGGGAGCCAAAUCACCUUCGGAGGAAAUCCUACAAGAAAUGGGCCUGCUGGAACACCAGCAUACGAGAACAGAUCGGUUAUCUGGAGGACAGAAGAAGAGGUUAUCAAUAGCGCUCGAGUUAGUGAACAAUCCACCAAUAUUCUUCCUGGAUGAGCCUACCAGUGGACUGGAUACAGUCACGACCACCCAGUGCGUGAAGGUAUAUGUAAUCGCUGAUGGAUACUGCAUAUACCAGGGCGACACAGCUGCUAUGGUGCCUUUUCUACAAACAUGUGGGUUGCCCUGUCCGAGACAUCAUAACCCUGCUGACUUUAUUAUAGAACUAACAGAAACACCUGAAUAUAUAACCCUACUAUCCAAAGAGAUAAUGAAUGGAAAACUGUUCAAAUCAGCGAAGUUAGAUCAACCAGCGAUCGAACCGAACGCGAAUCAAAUGCAGCUUAAAAUCAGCUACCAGACUGAUGACGCGAACGAAACUGAGAUAAUCCUAUCAAAUGAAAAAUGCACUUAUAAAGUAACGAAAUACGAUGGUUCAAGUGCCUCUGUAAGUUCGUCGUCCAGUCAGCUUUCUAAUGGAAACUCCUCGAUGGCGUGGAUGAAGAUGCAGAAGUCAGACACAAUGGAAUUCUCCACGACCUACUGUGAACAGUUCUGUAUAUUACUGAAGAGGAUGUUGACGCAAAUAUUUAGGAAUAAACAAGGUCUCAGUAUCCAGUUCGUUCACCACGUGAUGUGUGGCUUGUUAGUGGGCACUUGUUUCUUCAAUAUGGCCAAUGAUGGUACGCAGAUGUUCAACCACCUCAAGCUCUGUGUUGGACUCGUCAUAUUCUUUGCGUAUACCCAAAUCAUGGUUCCAGUACUUGUAUAUCCUCAAGAAGUGAAGCUAGUGAAAAAAGAACAUUUCAACUGCUGGUACAGCCUGAACCCUUACUACGCUGCUCUCACAGUCUCGAAGCUUCCAGUACAAAUAACAUUCAACAUAAUAUUCUCAACGAUCGUGUACUUCAUGGCCGGAGUUCCAUUUACUGUAACGCGGUUCGUGGCGUUCUGUCUCGUGGGGAACGUUGUGUCCUUGGCUGCUGAAGGCUUUGGCAUGGCUAUUGGAUCCGUCUUCAACGUUACGAAUGGCUGUGCCAUCGGGCCUUCAGCGAUCGCUCCAUUCCUUGGCCUCGCCAUCUAUGGCUUCGACUUUGCCCACGAGAUCCCUCUGAUGAUGAACAUCCUCAUGAAGACUUCCUUCAUCAGAUGCGGUAUUGUGGCCAUGGUCCUUACCAUUUUCGGUUUCGACCGUCAGCCUUUAGAUUGCGAAGACAUGUACUGCCAUUUUGCCAAACCUGAGGUUCUUAUCAAGUACUUAGAUAUUGAAAAUAGUUCUGUCUGGUAUGAGAUCCUCACUAUGUUCGGAAUCAUGUUUGUUUUCCGAUCUCUAUGUUACAUUGGCCUCAGGUGGCGAUUCGCUACAUGAUACUUCUAUUCACAUAGUCUUUGUAUGAGCUCGAUCAUAAAUUGUGAUAUAAGCAUUACACAUUUCUGUUAGUACAAAAAUUACUUUUCGAUUUCUUGUGAUAAUUUAAGAUUUAAAUUAUGAAGUUGUAGGUAUUUUAUACCAUUUUAUUUUGUAGUUACUGAUGCUUAAUUAAUCAUGUCCAGCGAAUUGAAUGGGAUAUUGUAAUUUAUUGUAAUUAGUAGUUAAAUUGUAAUUUUAUAUUGGGUAUUUGUCUCGAAUUUGAUGUAUAAAUCACUUUCAUUAAACUUUCAACUGUAAAUAAUUAUUAUUCAAUAAAUGAUACAAAACUGCGAGGGCGUUUUGAAGAGAAAUACCAGUUUUUUCAAACUUUUUUUAUAUCAUUAGAGUUCUCUGAUUUCGUUGUAAUAAAAAAUCAAGUAUUCCUUUGACCAAAAAUAUAAUAAAACUUUACUUAUGUGAACAUUUUCAUUCCAUUCUCACAAUUUUGUCACAAAACACUAAACAUAGAUACAUAGGUAUACGUAGUUAUGUAUCCAGCCAAAGAUACUGUUUACAGAUACAUUUUUGACUGAUAUUUCUAUAACACUUAGAUAUAACAUGGCAGUGUAGUACUCAUUUCUCUUGCCCUUUAAUUUAAGUUA